AUGUCUUUACCUCUCCCGUCAUCUCUUUCUAAAUCUUUCCAGGAGAAGUCAACUACCUUGUCAGUUGAACCAGUUUACCAACGAUAUCCAAGUCUGUUGAAGAAGAUGUGUAUGGCUUUUAUGAGGAGCCUUGAGAGUAAUCAUGGUUUUGCCAGCUUUGAAGAGAACAGUAAUUAUUUCCUUAAAUUCUAUCUAUUCACCCCUCCAGUAGGGGAAAAUUACCCUUUAUUUCCACUCCAGGAUAUUGUGCCUUUAAUAUAUCCCUUCUCAGGUUUUCUGAGUCCAGCAGCAGGUGCUGAACAGCAGCCCAGUGUUGGAAAAACUAUUGAAUCCCUGGCAGAUUACAGUGAGAGGAAACCUCACCACAUCCCCAUCGCAGGUGAGAGAGUGCAGCCUGACCAUGGGAGCCUCCUGGAGGAAAACAGCCAGGACAGAAGGUGGAAGUCCAAGAGGUACCAGUCAGCAAAUUCUAAUGAGAAUUCUAAUGAGAAUUCUAAUGCUAAAAAACCCAAAACCAACUUUGAAGCAGCUGGUAAUAGAAUAAAUACUUUUUGUUACAUCUUUCAUUGCAACCCAAGACAAGCUUAAAAAGGAGUUCCUUGGAAUAAUAUGUUUCCUUCCAAAAUAUAGCCUCCAAAAUCAACAGAGGGAGGGAGAUUAGCUGAUCCUGUUUCCCAGUGUUUCACAAAAAGAAGAUACAAUCCCAAACUUAAAAUAAGCCAAGUUGCUGGAGGCCUCUGGGACAGAUUUCAAACAAGAUCUUUUAUCUCUCCACAGAGAUCUGGUGCUUUUGUAAGCCAAAGCUCUCAAAUCUCAAAUAUCCCUUUGUAUAUGUUAAGUACAGGCUGUGUUGGUGCAGUAAAUUUUGAAGACAGCACUGGUGUAGACUUAGUCCCACUUAACCACAUGCAAACUUCAAAGCCUCACUACACAAGCACUUGUAUCACAUGCUGUUACCUUGUGGGGAACAGCACAUCAUUCUUCACACAGAAGCAGGUUCACAGCACUCCAGAUAUUCCUGGAUACAUUGGCAAGGUUCAUUGAUCAGCAACUCACCCAGCAAAUUCUAAUCUUCCAUCAACAGCCCCAUCAGUAAUUGCAGGAAUGGAUGGGUAG